CCCACCCCCGCCCCCCCCCUCCUCCUCCCGCCACCCUCGCCGGAGCGGCUCGGCUCGGCGUCCCCCUUCCCCGGUUCCGCUCCCGGCGGAGCCCCGGUGUCUCGCUGCCGCUCGCGCCGGCGUUUUCCGGUCGCCGGAGCGCGGUCGGCCUCCGCGCGUAGGUCGACGAAACGGUCGGGAUCCGUCGCCUGGGGGACGCUCGCGUGAUCGGAAGAUGAAGUCGGUGCACAAAAUCGGUACUUGCGGGCGCGUUCGUAGUGCUUAACUAUGAUGACCGAAGACGAGUGCUGCUCGGUUCGGAGUCAAUUAUCGGACUUGCAGAAUUGGUCAUAUCAGCAGUUUUUCAUUGGCCCGCCUAGCCAGAAUUGUUUCUGAAUGAGGUUAGUAAGGAGUAGGCACUCAAGUUGUCUUCAUGGCAUGUGAAACAAAAAGAUCUACAUUCAUCUAGCAAUUGGGGUGAAGAGAUCAGAGGAUUGUGAUAGCCAGGUGCAGAGCUGCUAUGGCAACCGAUAUGCAGAGAUUAGUAGGAACAAGUGAAGACGAUGAUGAGGAAGAUAUGGAGAUGGAUGUGAAGGAAGAGGAUGACGAUGAAGAAGAUGACAUGGAGAAGCAUAUUGCAACUCCUCCACUAGUUGGUGUUGAUGGACUAAUUGGGUCAAGUAGUAAUAAUAAUAGGUUUCAUCAUCCCCAAAUUCACGAACAAGUGAGCAUCCCUGGAGGUGGUGUUCGAAGAAGUAGGCCACUUGAAGAGAAGGAGAGAACGAAGCUGAGGGAGAGGCACCGGCGAGCAAUCACUGCAAGGAUCUUAGCAGGACUGCGCAGGCAUGGGAACUACAAUCUAAGGGUUAGAGCUGAUAUUAAUGAUGUGAUUGCAGCUUUAGCUAGGGAAGCAGGCUGGGUUGUUCUUCCAGAUGGGACAACCUUUCCUUCAAGAUCUCAGGGUUCAAAACCUAUUAGUGGCACUUCUGCAGCUGUUACUCCACCAUCUUCCCAAAUGGUUCCACAACAAGCUCCCCUGACUUCCCUCAGAGGAAUCUCUUCUGGUUAUCGAAGUCCAGUGGACUAUAAUGCAUCUCGAAUGAAAGGCGUCUAUGUGCCUAACUCGUCUCCUUAUGAUUCGUCUUCAAGAGGUCAAUCUCAAAUUUCACCUGCAUUGGGGGAUGGAGGAGAGCCUUUAGAUACCCAAACACUUAUUGGUGGCUCUGUUGAAAGUGUUGAUGCCAAGCAGAUUGUUGAUGUACCCUCAAAAUUACCAGAGCGUGAUUUUGCUGGCACCCCUUACAUUCCUGUUUAUGUGAUGCUACCUUUGGGAGUCAUCAAUGUAAAGAGUGAACUGGUUGACCCAGAUGGUUUACUAAAGCAGUUAAGGAUUUUGAAGUCACUUAAUGUCGAUGGUGUCACGGUGGACUGUUGGUGGGGAGUGGUAGAGGCACAUGCUCCACAGGAGUACAACUGGAAUGGUUACAGGAGGCUAUUCCAGAUGGUACAUGAGCUGCAGUUUAAGUUACAGGUCGUAAUGUCAUUUCAUGAAUGUGGAGGCAAUGUCGGUGAUGAUGUUUGUAUCCCACUGCCCCACUGGGUGGCAGAAAUUGGAAGGAGCAACCCUGACAUAUUUUUCACUGAUAGAGAGGGAAGACGCAACCCCGAAUGUCUUUCGUGGGGUAUUGACAAGGAGCGGGUUUUGAGAGGACGGACUGCUAUUGAGGUUUACUUCGACUACAUGAGAAGCUUUCGUGCAGAGUUCAAUGAAUACUUUGAGGAUGGUCUAAUAUCAAUGAUUGGGGUUGGACUAGGUCCUUGUGGGGAGUUACGGUACCCAUCAAACCCUGUAAAAAAUGGUUGGAGAUAUCCUGGAAUAGGUGAAUUUCAGUGCUACGAUCAGUAUCUACUAAAGAAUCUUAGAAAGGCAGCAGAGGCAAGGGGACAGGACUUUUGGGCUCGAGGUCCAGAAAAUGCGGGUUCUUAUAAUGCACAGCCACAAGAAACUGGUUUCUUCUGUGACGGAGGAGAUUACGAUGGCUAUUUUGGAAGGUUCUUUCUCAAGUGGUACUCUCAGGUGUUGAUUGAUCAUGGUGAUAGAGUACUUGCCUUGGCAAAAUUAGCUUUUGAUGGUACUUGCAUUGCUGCUAAGCUAUCAGGUCUUUAUUGGUGGUAUAGGACAGCUAGUCAUGCUGCUGAAUUAACUGCUGGAUUUUACAACCCAUCCAAUCGUGAUGGUUAUGCUGCAAUUGCAGCAAUGCUGAAGAAGCAUGGAGCUGCCUUGAACUUCACAUAUGCUCAGCUGCAUGUGCUAGACCAACAGGAGAAUUUCUCAAGUGCACUGGCAGAUCCUGAUGGCUUGGCCUGGCAAGUGCUGAAUGCUGCUUGGGAUUACGGCAUCCCAAUUACUAGUGAGAAUUUUCUUCCUUGUCACAAUCGUGUAGCAUACAACAAGAUGCUGGAUGGUGCCAAACUGUUGAAUGAUCCGGAUGGGAGGCACUUUUUAUCCUUCACCUACCUGAGGCUAAACUCCAUCCUCAUGGAAAGACAGAACUUAUUAGAAUUUGAACGAUUUGUGAAGAGAAUGCAUGGUGAAGCAGUUCGCGAUCUACAGCAAUAGCACUAGAGAAGAAAGUGUGCUUAGUGCACUUGAAUGUUUAUUAUUCUUCUUUCCCCAGAAUUACGGGGAAUUACUAUCUAGCAUUGUAGAAAAAUAGCAUUUUACUGUAGCUUUAACUGUAUUCCUGUAAAUGAAGCCGCAAAUAGAAGCGGUUAGUUUAUAUGGUUAUUAAAGAACAGUGAUCCGUCAUAUCACAACUCCAAUCUUUCGCAAA